CGCGGUGUUUUCUACGAGGAAAUCUUCCAGUGGAUGAGAUACCAAUGUCCAAUUUCCAAGUUUACUAGCGGCAAGCAAGCGGAAUGGUCGCGUACAUAUUUUGCCUUGCUUUUACUGAGAAACCGUGCAUUAUCAAGGAUUUAUUUGUGUGUCUUGGGCAAAGGCAGCUUCGGUAAAGUGUUAUUAGCGGAGUUACGCGGCACGGAAUGCGUAUACGCAGUGAAAUGUUUAAAAAAAGAUGUAGUUCUUGAGGAUGACGAUGUCGAGUGUACGUUAAUUGAGAGGAAAGUUCUUACGCUGGCAACGAGGCAUCCGUAUCUUUGCCAUCUGUUUUGCACCUUCCAGACCGACUCGCAUCUCUUUUUCGUUAUGGAAUAUCUCAACGGGGGUGAUCUAAUGUUCCAUAUACAAAAGUCCGGCCGAUUCCCGGAGAUACGCGCGCGUUUUUAUGCCGCCGAGAUCUGGUCCGGAUUAAAUUUCCUGCACAAGAAGGGUAUCGUUUAUCGAGACCUCAAACUCGAUAAUGUACUACUUGACUUCGAUGGUCACAUUAGAAUCGCGGACUUCGGCAUGUGUAAACUUCAAAUCUUCUUGGAUAGAACAGCCGACACGUUCUGUGGCACGCCAGAUUACAUGGCACCUGAGAUAAUAAAAGGACUUAAGUAUAAUCAAGCUGUGGAUUGGUGGUCAUAUGGUGUUUUGUUGUACGAAAUGCUGACAGGUCAAUCGCCAUUUUCUGGAUGCGACGAGGACGAGCUAUUUUGGAGCAUUUGUAACGAACGGCCAUUUAUACCUCGUUAUCUGAGUCAAGAGGCUACUGAUAUACUUACCUGUUUGUUGGAGAAAGAUUCGGGCAAGAGGCUACCUGCUCACGAAAUUGCUGUGCAUGCUUUCUUUCAGCAUUUGCCUUGGGAUCGAUUGGAGAGAAGACAAUUAGAACCACCUUUUAAACCUGCGCUUGAUCACACUUUGGAUACAAAAUACUUCGAUACAGCAUUCACGACUGAGCGUCCAAGGCUUACGCCAGUGCCUGAGCAGAUCUUGACUUCGAUGGAUCAAGGGGUUUUCCGAGGAUUUUCUUAUACAAAUCCGAAUGCGACUGAUUGAUAUGUGACAGCUGAAAGAGAAACGUGUAUAACGUUCGUAACAAAACUGUUCAAUUUUUUUGUGCCAUACGAUAACAAGGAAGAGGAAAAUAUCGCGUUAUUGUUGGCUUACAUAAAAUCAAUUUUCGCCUUAUAUUUUCAAAAUAGCGAUGAUACAAUACGACGAUACACUGCAUCUUAGGAAUAUACUCGUGUGAACGAUGUAAAUUACGGAGAAGAAAUCGUGUGAGACAUGUAAUGUCUCUUCUGUUACAAUGUAAUGAGAUAUAAUAUAAUGUUUUAGGACUAAUAAGGGGAACAGCAGACAUGGCCCCCUCCGAUUUAGCUAAAUUUUAUACAUAUAAUAGUUUAACCCUCCCACUAAUUCGUGCUAAAAGGAUACGACGUACCUCUCCAGUAUUCGUGAGAAAAACGCUUUUAAAGAUUUUUAUGUUGGUAAUGUACCCAUCGAUAAGAGUGAGUCCGCAACGAGCAGCGUGGCAUAAUAAUAGUGGCGAGUAAGGCGCCUAACUGUAAUGUUGCAUGUUGCUGGUUAGAAUCUUAUUUUUACUUAAUUUUUUUCAUCUAUAUUGCAUCGUAUUAUUAUAUAUGU